GUCACCCUUUACACUACAAAGCUGGCGGGCACUAUGGGGAAAAAACAAAACAAGAAGAAAGUGGAGGAAGUGCUUGAAGAAGAGGAAGAGGAAUAUGUGGUGGAAAAAGUUCUUGAUCGACGAGUUGUCAAGGGAAAAGUAGAAUAUCUUCUAAAGUGGAAGGGUUUCUCAGAUGAGGACAAUACGUGGGAGCCAGAAGAGAACCUGGAUUGCCCUGACCUGAUUGCUGAGUUUCUACAGUCACAGAAAACAGCACAUGAGACAGAUAAAUCAGAGGGAGGCAAGCGAAAAGCCGACUCUGAUUCUGAAGAUAAGGGAGAGGAGAGCAAACCAAAGAAGAAAAAAGAAGAGUCAGAAAAGCCACGAGGCUUUGCCCGAGGUUUGGAGCCAGAGCGGAUUAUUGGAGCUACAGACUCCAGUGGAGAGCUCAUGUUCCUGAUGAAAUGGAAAAACUCUGAUGAGGCUGACCUGGUCCCUGCCAAGGAAGCCAAUGUCAAGUGCCCACAGGUUGUCAUAUCCUUCUAUGAGGAAAGGCUGACGUGGCAUUCCUACCCCUCAGAGGAUGAUGACAAAAAAGACGACAAGAAUUAACUCUCUUGAGUAUCAGCCCCUGUCACCUCUUGACUGUGGGCUUCAAGGGGGGAGGGAAGGAAUUCUACUUGUCUUCACACCAUAAAGGUGGCUUGAGAAGAUGUCCUUUGAA